UGAGAGCGAAGGAGACACCGACAGAGACACACAGAGACUCACCAAACCAAGACUCACCCAACCUUCACCAGACACUGAUCCACACCUGCAAGCCGGGCUAUCACUUUCAAGGCUCUUUCUCUUUGGACUCCUCUUUCCUCUCUCGCUCUCCAUCUGUCGCUGCUGAUCAUGUGGAAGGCUGCAGUGUUGACGUUUGGCCUGUUGGUGGCGCUGGGUAUGGUGCAGGCUGCAGAGGGCCAGGCUAACUCUAUCUACGGGGUGAAGCUGUGCGGGAGAGAGUUUAUACGGGCCGUCAUCUUCACCUGCGGAGGAUCGCGUUGGAGGAGAGAGUGGGGCGAUGCAGGUGACAUCUCCAUUGACGAGGAGACUGAGGCCUACAGCCCAUGGAGCUCCAAUGCCAUCCCCGGCCUCGCCAGCAAGCAGCGUCCAGGAGGAGGCCCGGGCUGGGCAGGCGAGGUCAGGGAGGGGGGCUCUGCCGCUGCUGUGUUCAGUCGUUUGGCCCGCUCGCCCAUCUCAGAGGAAGUGCUAGAGGCGCUGCGCAGCGCGGACAGGAAGGGGCGGGAUGUCGUGGUGGGCCUCUCCAACGCCUGCUAAUGGGGCUGCAGCAAGAGCGAGAUCAGCUCCCUCUGUUGAGCACUACCAACACCUCUCAUUUCCAUCCCUCCAUCCCCCUCCCUCUGUUGAGCACUACCAACACCUCUCAUUUCCAUCCCUCCAUCCCCUCGUCCCUCUGUUGAGCACUACCAACACCUCUCAUUUCCAUCCCUCCAUCCCCUCGUCCCUCUGCUCAGCUCUACUAGCUCUCCUCCUACAUCACCCCAUCUCUCGUGCCUCUCCUCCUACAUCACCCCAUCUCUCGUGCCUCUCCUCCUACAUCACCCCAUCCUCUGUGCCUCUCCUCCUACAUCACCCCAUCUCUCGUGGCCUCCUCUAUCCAUUCUACUUUCAUUAUUCUGGCCAUCUCCAUCUCUCACUAAAAAUCCCUUCAUUCCUGCCUGUCUUCCUCCUCUGUCCCCAAAAUGUCUUGCCUUCUCUCCUUCCCUCUAGCCCUCCAUCCCUCCACUUUUCUAUCCCUCCAUUCCCUCCUGCCUCUUCUCCUUCUCCUGGAUCAUUGUGUUGAUAAUUCAGGGUCUCCUGACUGUGAGGGUGUAAAAAGAAAAGGUUACAAAGCAGCGCGAGCGAAGACAUUCUUUGACCAUGCAUGUAUUCUCCCAUCUAUGUCAGUAUUAUGAGCAGUUUUGUGUGUUUAAUUACUGAUAUGACAUUCCAAUAAAGUUGUGU